AUGCAAACCCACAAAUACUAAAAUAAAUCAUUAACAUUGUUAGACUUAGUUUUAAAGAAUGAAAAUGAAUAAUAUAAAAUCAAAUCAUAAUCAAAUAUAAACAGAUUUGAACGAGAAGAUAUCCAACACUCAUUUUAUAAUUAAUUAGGUAUUUCCUUAUAUUAUGAUGCAAAUAUUACCGGUAAUGAAUAAUUUGUUAGUAAUUAAUUAUUUCGUUCUAUUCUCAAAAACAUUGAAGAUAAACUCUUAGAACUUGAAACCAGACUAGAUAACAAAGAUAAUUUUAAUAAAUUUUCUUUUCAUAUAGAUCAAUUCAAAAGUUAAUAAUAUCGCAAUCCUAUUCUAAGAGAAGACAAUUUAUCAUAAGAAUAUAAACGAUUAGAUAGUCAAAUUUCAGAAAUGAUUGAUGAUCAAUCUGUUAGGGAUACUGGUGUCAAAUUUCAUAAACCAAGUAGAUCAAGAUCAACUUGUACUAAUAAUUAUGAUGAGUAAUUAUCUUAAUCUAAUAACAACCCUUCUAAUUUAAAACAAAGAAAAAAUAAAAUAACUGAAGAAACUACUUUCUCUAAAUUAAACCUAUUCGAAAAGAAACUUAUUCAAUUUCAAGAUUAAUUUUAAAAAUUACUUUAAAAAGAAGAAAUCUCUUUCAAAAAACUAGAAUAGUAAGUUUAAUCUGCUUUAAAGGAUGCUGAAAUAAGAUUAUUACAAAAUUCUAAAUCAAUGGAUAAAUAUUCUGAAAAUUUUAAUAACUAUAGUGAAUACUAUAAAGAAUUUCUAAAUAAAUUUUAAUAGCUUACAGCUUAAAUUAAGUAUUAGUUUUAAUUAUUGUAGCAAUCAUUAAUAGGAAAUAAACAGACUAUCAGACGAUUCAAAAAUACCCUUCAUUUAAUUGGAAUCAACAAUAGCUGCGAUUAACAAACUUUAAAAUAUGCAUAAUGAUUAAAUAUUAUCAAUCAAAGAAUAAUAAACUUAUUUAGAAGCAGAUAUACUUAUAAUAAUGAAAAAUUACAAAGAUCUAAUACUUGAUAAAUAGAAGAAAAGUAUAAAGUGA